AUGAAAGACUGUUUUGUGAAACAUUUACCCGGUGCAAAAUUAAUCACUGAUUAUGAAUCAAUGCCUCAUUUUUGUAACUUGGUUCAACCAUCAGCUGUUCAGCUUGCUCUUGACGUAUCACACGGUGGGAAUGUGAAUACAGAUGACCACUCUUGUGGAGGAGUCGCGAUUCAAAGAUCUAGGUGGAUACUACUUCGACAAAACAACAGUACUGUGAGUUCGCGGGUGGGGGAAGCGUCACGUCGAGCAGGCAUUGGUGGAGCGUGCAUUGCUUCAGAUCUUGUGUGGUGGUGCAGGAAAGAUGGUCUCUUAGCCGAUCACCUGAGUAGUUGGAACGAUGCCAAGGAACGUCUCAGGCAAGGCUGUGUCGUGUUUACUAUUUUGAAUGGUGUGCAUUGGGUGACUGUCAUUGGUGUGCACCAAGGAAACGUUUAUGUGCUUGAUUAUGACGGUCUAUUUUCAGUACCUGAAAAGGAUUAUGUGGACAAUGUUAAACCAGCAAGCAUUUUCGCCCCCGGAUGUAUGAUGUGGGUAGACGCCUCUCCAGAUCAUCCAGCUCGUGUGAUGGAAAGACUAGCCAGGCCCAAUACCACUCUGAUUCAUCUUGGUGGGAAUGGUGGAAGCUUUCGGGAUAUUACACAUGCUGGUGCGGGGCAGGUGAUGACCAUCAAAGCUGGUGCGAUUGUUGACAGCAUCCAAAUUGGUAGCACACGCCAUGGUGGAGGAGGUGGCGUCCGCACAGUUACUUGCACAAUCCCUGCCUCUGGUGUUAUCCGUCUGUAUCGAGUGGAAACUGCUACAUGGGAAGAUAGUACUCCAGUAAUUAAUGGUCUCGUGUUCAGCAUCGGCGAUCAUUCAUAUGUUAUUCACGGCACACACGGUCACAAUGUUACAACUGUGUUUAACAAUCAUGCAGGCGAAGAUGUGCAAAUUGUGUCAGCAAAUUCAGGUACGAUGUUAGAUGGGAUUAUCUUCAGAAAACCGUAA